GCUCCGGCUCUCCCCAGGGGCCGCUCCCUUGGCAGCGGGCGCCCGGGGGAGGCAGGGAGGGAGGCCGUGCAGGAGAUAAGGCCUGCUUGAAGAUCCCCUUCAUUACCUCACCAGAUAAGGCGAGGGGAGGGUGGGAGGCGGGGAACCCAGCGCAGGAGGGACACCCAGCGGAGUUUCGCUGUCGAACGGGGGGUCCGGGCGACUUAUUGCGCCUCUCCUUUCCUCCCCACCAGUAACCUCACUAUGGCGGAGAAACAUCCCAACCCAGAUGCGCUUGCCGCCGCUGCCGCCUCAACGGAGCUCUGCGCGGUGGACAGGGGCCACCCUACCGACGAGGGGGGCUUCCACCGCGCUUCCGCCGCAAACAGGGACCCCAGGAAGUGGGGCAAGUCUGGGUCGGGGGUCCAGCCGAGGGCACUGAGGUCGCAGCCCCCCCUUGAGAACGCAGCCCGGGAGAGGAGUCGCGUGCAGAACUUGCGCCAGGCCUUCCACAGCCUGCAGGCCGCCCUGCCCUCCGUGCCCCCCGACACCAAGCUCUCCAAGCUGGACGUGCUGGUCCUCGCCACCAACUACAUCGCCCACCUGUCUCGUACCCUGGACCAGGGAGGGCGGGGGAGCCAGCUGCCUGCGUCCCGCAGGGCAGAGGGCUACCUGCACCCUGUCAAGAAGUGGCCCAUGCGCUCCCUGCUGUACUGCGGGAGCGUCGAGGAGAUGCUGCGCGCGGUUCCGACCGCUCGCGCGGAGAUCUGCGAAGAGGACGAUGCCCGAUCGCUGACCCCUGACCCCAUGGGCCAAAGAGAUUAAACGUGGAAGAAAUAUGGAUCAUCUCCAUCCGACAACCACGAUUAUCAGUCAUCAUCCUUUGAAAGCACUCUGGUAAAUGGUGACCAGCUCUAUAUAUGGGAAAGGUACGUUACAGCUGGUCCAGAUGUUACGUGAAAAUCAGUUGCACUACUAAUCAUUUGUGACAGUAGCAAAUAAAAGAAGAAGCUUUUUUCCCCCCCUUUCUGUGCCGCGGUAUAAAUUUGGAUUUGUGUUUCCGAUUGUCGGGUCACUUCGGAUAGCCGGCGGGGGAGGAUUGUUGUUGGGGAUUUUGGACGCGCGUAGCCGAGGACGAAAGAGCACUUCCCGUUUCCCGAAAACAAACGACCUUCUGCAAGAUGGACACGGACCGCAGCUCGAAUCACAGCCUCAAGGAACUUUAAAUCGAAUGACCGGACACGUUAAAUUGUCGAAGCAACGAGCGCUUUGGACCCAUGUCCCUCGUUUCCAAAUGGUCCCCCAACGAGAGUUUAUUGACCCCUUGUAGGUCUCGCGGUCUCGCCAGUGUUCGCUGCUGCCGACUGUACCGUGUCUCUCGGAAAGAAAAUACGAACAUUUACGGUGUUUUACUGAGUUUCGGGAUUCAUUUUUAAGUUGAGUUUUACCACAUGGCUAAAGAAAAGAAUCACACUCAUUUAGCGAUCAGUCACAUUUGCCUGCGUGACAAAACCAUUUUACAAUGCUGUGUAUGUGUAACAUUUCUAAUUGAUAAUCUCUUAUUGGUCAGCAACAUAUAUUCUUGUGCUUUUCCCCACAUUUAAAAAGAAUAUAGUUUGUCUAAUUCUGCAGGCCUUCGCUGAAAAUAAAUAAUGAUGAAACACAUGAAUUGCAGUUUUUCCUCACAAUAACAUAUGCGUUUAAUGUAUUGGAGAGUUUUGCGUUCCUUGUAAUGUUUUAUUCUUCUCCCAUCUUUGUCGUAGACGGUGGCUAUCAUGUCUAAUUAUAAAUCUGAAAAAUUACA